GGGGCCGGGUGGGGGCCGGGGCAUGGGCAGCGGGCGAGGGAACAUGAGCGGGUGUCUUCGGCAAGGGUCGCUUCCGGGGUUGAGUCACCCGGAAGCGGAAGAGGACAAGGGCUGUCUCCUGUCCGCCUGGCUGUCUGGGGGAGCGGCGUCGGCGGGAGGCGGCGGAGGUGGCGUCGUCGGCGGCCCCGGGGCCGGCCCCUCGCAGCUGGUGGCCCGAGCGCCGCUGGACUCCGCGUCGGCGCGGCCCUUGUUCCCCGCCUCAGCCCGGACGGGGCGGAGAGUGAGGGGCCGCGGGCGGGCUAGAAUGGAAGAAUCUCACUUCAACUCCUCUCCGUAUUUCUGGCCUGGGGUGCCCACGGUCUCUGGACAGAUUGACAACAGCAUGUUCAUCAACAAGAUGAAGGAGCAGCUGUUGCCCGCAGAGAAAGGCUGCGGCCUGGCUCCCCCCCACUAUCCUGCCCUGUUGACCGUCCCCACCUCCGUGGCCCUGCCGACCAGCAUCUCCAUGGAGUCCGACACCAAGCCGGAGCAGCUCACCCCGCACAGCCAAGCCCCCGUGACGCAGAACAUCACGGUGGUGCCUGUGCAGUCGGCCGGGCUCAUGACAACAGGCCCUGGUCUGGUGAUCACUUCUCCCUCUGGAUCGUUGGUGACCACAGCUUCCUCCGUGCAAACCUUCCCCAUCUCGGCGCCAAUGAUCGUCUCGGCCCUCCCGCCCGGUUCCCAGGCCGCCCUCCAGGUCGUCCCUGACCUUUCCAAGAAGGGGGGCGCCGCCCUUGCCGAGGGAGGGGCAGCCAGCGGGGCCGGAGGCAUCACUCCCAAAGCGCCUCGAGGUCGGAAAAAGAAGCGCCUGCAGGAGUCCGGCUUGCCUGAGAUGAGCGAUCCUUUUGUGCUGUCGAAUGAGGACGACGACGACCAGCACAAAGAUGGCAAGACCUACAGGUGCCGGAUGUGUUCCCUGACCUUCUACUCCAAGUCGGAGAUGCAGAUCCACUCCAAAUCCCACACGGAGGCCAAGCCGCACAAGUGCCCCCACUGCUCCAAGAGCUUCGCCAACAGCUCCUACCUGGCCCAGCACAUUCGUAUCCACUCGGGGGCCAAGCCCUACACCUGCAGCUACUGCCAGAAAGCGUUCCGCCAGCUCUCCCACCUACAGCAGCACACACGGAUCCACUCCAAGCUCCACACAGCGAUUGUCAAGCCACACAAGUGCCCUCACUGCUCCAAGAGCUUCGCCAACACGUCCUACCUGGCCCAGCACCUCCGCAUCCACUCGGGGGUCAAACCCUACACGUGCCGUUACUGCCAGAAGGCGUUCCGCCAGCUCUCCCACCUGCAGCAGCACACACGGAUCCAUACUGGAGACCGGCCCUACAAAUGCGCUCACCCGGGGUGUGAGAAGGCUUUCACACAGCUCUCCAAUCUGCAGUCACACAGACGGCAACACAACAAAGACAAACCAUUCAAGUGCCACAACUGCCACCGUGCAUACACAGACGCCACCUCGCUGGAGGUUCACCUGGCCACUCACACAGUGAAGCACGCCAAGAUCUACAACUGCUCUAUGUGCAAUCGGGCCUACACCUCAGAGACAUACCUGAUGAAGCACAAGCGGAAACACAACAUCCCGGACCCCCAGCAGCAGGUGGCCCAGGUGCAGGCGCAAGUGCAGGCCCAGGUGCAGGCGCAGGUGCAGGCGCAGGUGCAAGCUCAACGCAGGCAAUCACAGCAGCAGCAACAGCAGCAGCAACAGCAGCACUUCCAGUCACAGGGGGGCGGGGCGGCGGGGGGCCCGUCUGGGGACAACAACCCUCCCAACCCCCCGCCCCAGUGUUCCUUUGACCUUUCCCCUUACAAGACUUCUGAGCACCACAAGGACAUCUGCCUCACAGUUAGCACCAGCGCCAUCCAAGUGGAACACCUUUCUAGCUCCUAGAGACCUUGGCAGAAAGGAGCAGAAAACUUGUGGUGCAGAGCCCGUGCUCAAGGGGGGCAUUUCUCAUGUGAUGGCCUCUUCUCAUGCAACAGCCUUUGGCCCUCUUCUAUCACAGUUUCCCUCUGGGGGAGGGGAACGGGCGGGUUAGAUCCGUUUAAUGGCCUCUCCCCUCUCAGCAGCGACCCCUUAACGCCUGUGGGGCACUGUGGUGGGCUUGAAUGGGGAAAGGAGCUCCCUUUUUGUCGGGAGGGGUCCUUUCCUUCGGCAAGCAUCUUUGGUUUGUCAAAGAAGGCCUCCCCCCCAUUUCUUUCUCCUUUUUUUAAGGUGAAAGCGCCCCCAUCUCCCUUCUGGUACCUGAUGAGGAACGAGGGGUGGCUAACGGACGGGAGGGACUUCAACUUUGGCUGGUUGCUGAGUACCGAGGGCACGCAACAGGGAGACUCCUGAAGGGUGUCGAGUGGAGAAAAUUGGCUCUCUCUCUCUCUCUCUCUCUCGUUUUUAUAUCCCCCUCCCUUCUUUAUGAGGAGGAGGAGGAGGAGUUAUCGCUCCGGGGCCACGCACCAGAUGUACCCAUUGCGCAGAACCACGGGGACAAAGGAAAUGAGGGAUAUUGCUGGGGCUGGAGGUCCGCCUGGACUCGUGUCGGCCUUCUCUACUGUUGCGGAGGGGUGUGUUGGGUCUGCCGCCCCCCACCCAGCCGCCUCCACGAGGACUCGGAGGGGGGGAGGGAGAGACUGCAGCUCUCGCACCUUUUUUUUUUUUUUGCAGCUUCUGCACCAUCUCAAUACCACAAAAUUCCAACCAAAAAAACAAAAAAAAAAGCGGCCAGUGGUAACGAGUGCCAAAACGAACGUGGUCUCCUCUCUCUCGCUUUCUCUCCCGGAGAGAGGGGCAGAAGUGGUGGUCCUCCCAUCUCCCCCCCCGCCAGGCUGCUGCCCCUUCCUACCCCGCGGCAGCUAACUGGAGAUCGUUUCGUGGGGCCAGCGGGGAAGGAUACUGUUGAGCUGCUCCUCUCCUCUCGCAGCAUGGUGCUCCAGAUGCUUCCUUUGCUUUCUACGUCGCCGAGGCAGACAGGACUCGUGAGGGGGGGGCCACGGUGGUCCCCUUGGACAGCAGGAGCCUGUGGACCUCCCCCCCCCCCCGGAGGGCGGAUGCUGGCAGAAAGCGGACGCAAAAGUGGUCUCUCCUGCCCUUCGCAGAGACCAAUGACAAGGGGAGGGAACAUAAAAAGCAAAAGACUCAAGCCCUCCACCCCCAUUGAAUUGAUAUAUAUCUAUAGAUAUAUAAAUAUAUAUAGAUAUCUAUUCACACCCCUACUCUACCCAGCCUGAUCUUGUUUCCUUGCAGUAAUUGUUUCUAUCUGUGUUUAUAAAACGCAUUAUCUUUGAAUUUUUUUUUUAAAAAAAAUAUUCAAUCCUUCAUUUUUAAAGCCCCUCUUCAUGAAGUUAUGUCCCCUGAUGAUUUUUUUUUUUUGCUCUUCUCCCCUCCCUCACCUUGCUCCCCCCCCCCAUUUUUAAUAUUGUGGCUCCCUAUACCAAUCAUUUCAAUAUUCUGCAUCUCUCUUGGAUGACAGAGGGCAGAAAACGAGGACAGGAAAACAAACCUAAUUGAGUUUAUAAGGCGAGUAAAAGUAAUAAAAUAAAUAAAAGAUCCCCAGCGAGCAUACAAAUGCCAGGAGGGAGGGGGGGGAUGUUUAAUAUUGGUGCAUCCAAAUAAAUGGGAUCCGAUAUGUA